AUGUACAGACAGAUUCUGAUGGACCCGUUACAAAUCAACUUACAGAGGAUCUUAUGGCGAAACGACGUCAGUUCAGACGUCACGGUGUAUGAGUUAACGACGCUUACUUACGGCACUUCCUCGACACCAUAUUUCGCCACGAGAUGCCUUAAAUACUUGACGGAACAGCACGCAUCAGAAUUCCCGGUAGGGUCGAAAUGCGUAGAACGCGACUUUUACGUCGACGAUCUACUCACAGGAGCAGAUACAAUCGCGGACGCGAAAUUAAUAAUAAAGGAAACUACUCAGUUACUCCAAUUAGGCUCAUUCAAACUUAGCAAGUGGGCAUCGAGCUGUUCACAGCUAUUAUUGGGCGCGGAGGGACAUUUAGAAGGCUCAGUGCUCAUCGGCGACGACGUCUUUUCACGCGUUCUCGGAAUUCACUGGGAUCAGAACAAAGAAACGUUGCAUUUUUCUCAUAAAGAUAAUGCGGACUAUUCCUCGACUUCGAAACGUCUAAUACUGUCAGAGGUAGCUAGGUUGUUUGAUCCAUUAGGAUUAAUCGGACCUGUUAUUGUCACAGCGAAAAUUAUCAUCCAGGAAUUAUGGCAAACAAGUCAUCAAUGGGACGAAUCAGUUCCCCAAAGCAUACAGUCGCGCUGGAUAAAGCUUAGAUCGCAGCUAGUAGAUCUAAAUGAACUACGAAUCCCACGUUGCGUCAUGUUUGCAGCGGAUCCUCAACUUGUCCAGGUGCAUGGGUUUUGCGACGCCAGCCAACGAGCCUAUGGCGCCUGCAUAUACCUACGAACCGAAACCGCCAAUGGGUAUCGCGUGGAGUUGCUUUGUUCUCGAUCGCGUGUAGCACCGCUCAAGGUCAUCUCAUUACCCAGGUUAGAAUUAUCCGCAGCACUAUUGCUGUCACAGCUCUUAGAAAAAACAAGAAACUCGUUCGACUUGUCGCGCAUGAAUAUAUUUCUCUGGUCGGACUCUAUGAUAGCUCUCAAUUGGCUGUCUUCGCCUUCUCGAAAAUGGACAACCUUCGUGGCUAACCGGGUCGGCGAAAUCCAACGCCUGACCAAAAUAGAAAAUUGGAGACUGUAA